AUGGUCUCAUUCUACGAUCUCAAGGCCAAAAAGCCCAGCCAGGAGGACUACACCUUUGAUCAACUCAAAGGCAAAGUCGUUCUAGUUGUCAACACCGCCUCCAAGUGCGGAUAUACUCCCCAGUUUGCUGAGCUUGAGGAGCUCAACAAAAAGUACGCUGACCAGGGUCUGCAGAUCAUUGGGUUCCCUUGCAACCAGUUUGCUGGUCAAGAUCCAGGGAGCGAUGAAUCCAUCGGCGAGUUCUGCCAACGUAACUACGGUGUAACUUUCCCGAUGAUGGCCAAAUCCGAUGUCAACGGCAGUAACACCAACGAGGUCUUCCAGUUCCUCAAGAAGGAAAAGGCUGGCAUUCUUGGUACCGAGAUGAUCAAGUGGAACUUCACCAAAUUCCUUAUCGACAAGGAGGGUAACGUCAUUGAGCGAUAUGGAUCCAACACCAAACCAUCGGCCAUCGCACCCGCCAUCGAGAAGCUUCUCUCCCAGUGA